AUAUUGCCAUCAGUGAAUGUAUGAUUUUAAAAACAAUUUUCGUUUUGGCACAUUCAUAUUACGUAGCUCAAGGAAAUAUAUCGUUUGUCCAAUAAAAAUUUGAAAGGAAAACCGUAAGAGUACAGCCUGUUUUUACAUUCCUCAUUGGAAUUGAUACAAAAAUUACAAUGAAGCAUUAGGCACAAUGCUUAUACCAGGGAUAUCAGCCGUGAAGAAUGACCCAUCAUGCAUCUCAGACCUCCUUACACCUCCCUAGUGAUGCUAGUGACAUCCAGCAACUACAAGAGGAAAACGAACUGCUACACGGAAAAAUUCGAGGAUACUUAACUUUAGGAAACUUAUUACUUGAGAAAAAAGAAGAGUGUCAAGUGUUGCAGGAGGAAAACAAAGCUCUCCGCGAAGCAUUAGAGUUGAUACAGAAAAACAACCAAUCACAGCCAAACGUAAUGGAUCAUGAUAUAGACGUUACAUUUAACAAGGUUAAGACUGAAGGUCCUCCAUCUUUAAAAAUUGAUAAUCAACAAAAGCACACCACUGAACAUUUUCCAAGCUACAUCCAUAACACAGUUACAAUGUCCAACUCAUCACCCCCCAAAGAUGUUGUUACACAUGCCAAACCUUUUCUGGAUGACAAGAUGCCAACACAAGAGUCCCUAGAAUUCGAAAACCACAGCGCAAAGAAUCGGAGCUGUCGCACCUCAGAAUCAGCCUCCAGUUUUGAGCGAAUUGACCCUACCCCCUCUGGAUCGCUUCUGGAGCAGAUGACAAGACAAACUAACACUUCUCCGAACUUAAAUCGGCAGCUCUCAACGAAGGUCAACUACACAAGUUCUAACGGUAGCCUGAAUCUGAUGGAGUUUCCAUCGAUGUCAGAGUCCCAGCAGGUCAUUAGCAGCCCCCAGGAAGAACUCUCUGGUCCAGUUGAUGCCCAAAAUAUUCCGAACAGAGACAACAGAGAGGAGGAAACUGUACUGAGUAUAAAGGUGAGCCAGGUGGCCGGUACGAUCGACCUAACGACCGACGGCCCCGCUGAGAAAAUGAGGAAAUUCCUGGAGGAGCUCGUCCCAGAAAUCGAAAAACAGGAAGAAGAGACCAAGAAAUACAAGACAUGCAAUUUAGCACUAAAAGAAGAACUAGAACAAGAAAAGUCGGAGAAUCGCCGUCUGCUACAGAGGAUACAACAGCUGGAGCAUCAGGUCAACAACCUGAGUCCUGCUUCAUCCAUGUCCUCCCAGACCCAGGUUCUGGACUGGGAACAGCACAGGAGAAAAGACGUACAGAAAAUGGAGAAUGGUAGACUUAGCAGUAGAGAACAGGAGACUAUAGACAAAUUACAGAAGGAAACCCAGAAAUGGCGGGACUAUUUUAGUCAGUGGACGCGAGAUAAGGAGAAGUUAAAGUCAGAGAAUGAUAAACUGAGAGCAGAAAUCACAAACUUCAAAGCUCAGGACGAAAAAAGACAGGAAGAGUUUGACAAGAUUCUUCUUAAUGCCAAGGAAAGGACUAACGAGGCAGAGGCCAAACGGGAAGAUUUACAACAGAGACUGGACAGACAAACUCUGAAGGUCGAGGCCUUGGAAGCGGAAGCUUAUCAGACAUUAGAGGUCAUUAAUGGACUCAAAAGGGAGAAGAGUGCCAUGGAGGCUGAGGUGAAUGUCCUUAAGGGAACAGGCAAUGGGGUUAGAGUUGUUGGACUUACAGAAAGCCGCAGCAGUGAGGAACUGAAGCUAGAAAAUGCCGUUCUGAGAGAACAGCUGACAGUAUUUAAGGAGGACUUUGACAGAGAGAGAAGUGACCGGGCCCAUGCUCAGUCUGUGAAGGACGAUCUCAGGAAGCAGCUGGAGGCAGAGCAGAGGAAGGUCAAGACCCUACAGGACCAGCUCAGGGGCUUCGAGAGACAGCUUCGAAGUGCAGAGAAGAAUGUGAAGCAAACAAUGACAGAAAAUGUACAGUUACAUUCUGAAAAUCAAAAACUGAAAAAAGAGCUUCAGCGUGAAAAGGAUAGGAAUGCCCAACAGCAGUACUACCAAAUGAUGAAUCGUCCUGCUGUGCCAGAGUUCAUGACCCCCUACAGAAGCCAGCCUGAGUCUGAUCCUAUGGCACAACCUGUACCCCCAUACAUGUUCCAAACAGCACGACCUCAAGACACUUCAGGGGAGUAUUUCCGACCCCAGUUGACCAAUAAGGCCCAGCUGUGUCCUGAACAGCUCCCCGGGGCCUGGGGAUGUCCUAACUGUACCUACACAAACCACCCCUCCCGCACCGUGUGUGAAAUCUGUGGAUGUGUCUUCACAAGAGAACAACUUCAGAACUAUUACCAGCAAAAUACCAAUCAGUCACAACAUCUGAUGGCUCGGGGAGACACAGUGCCACCUGGUGGUGGUGAUGACCCUCGUGACCUUUGUACUGACUCUGGCAAGAAGGCCAUCAACUGUCAUUAGUAUUCUUCAAAGUGCCACAUACCUUUUAUUUGAACAAUACCAAUGACAGUUGAGCCCUUUCAGCUUCUGUUUUUCGCCCUCUGUGGAGAGACUAACACACAAGUCAGAUCAAAUCUGACAUAGCUAUUUUUAAUCUCAGUAUGUUUUGGAAGUACCAAAUAUUUCAAUGCCAAGCUCAAAAAGCUUGUCAUUGAAAUAUUUUGUACUUCCAAAAUCACUGAGAUUAAAAUUUAAGUCAAAUAUUACCCCAAAUAUUUGAACCAUGCAUUUCGACCCCAUCUUCUUGACAGAGGAUAUAAAACGUGACAGAAGCCAUGUGUUUUGGAGAUGUCAGUGUUAUCGGUGAUUCCAUCACAAGAUCAUGGAUGGAGGUAUUUUUGUUCUGUUGAUAAUUGAUUGACCACAUUGAAGUGUGGGGAUUCAGAGUACCUAUGGGAGUUAACUCCCAUUAGUGUGAAACAGAAACAAGUCGAGGAGGAAAUGUUGGACUAACUGGAACUGUACUAUGGAAGGAAUAAGAGAGGUUUGAAAAUUUAAGAUUCUGAUUGAAGAUGCACCAAUUAUUUCUCCUGAGGAUAUCCUGGAGUUAACCAUGAAACAGAAAUUUAAAUUUAACUGCAAAUCUUUGUGUUUUUUUAAAUCACACACAUUAGUAGGUAGUAGUUUGUUUUGUUUUAUUAUUCAUGAUGAUAAUAUUUUAUUCAACUUGUACAUUGAAAUGCACAAAUAGUUCCCAAAAUAGUGGACAUUUUUUAUGUUGUGAUGUAUUAAAUUAUAUAUUUUAUUUUACUUGAUUUUUAUUCAUAUUCAUGUUGUAAAUUAUUUACCGUUUAUUUGUUUGAUGUACUGUAAAUUAGUUCUUUCUAAUUACUGAUUCCUACUCAUGUAAUUGUAAUUUGUAAAUGUAACUUUAGUACAUUAUGAUCUAUAAUCCAGAAGUAAUACUUUAAUUAGGAGAAAGUUCCUAGGGCUAUUAAAAUUCUGAUAAAGCAAGAAAUGAAAAAAAAUCUUACAUAUCUUAUUUAGGUUAUAUACUGUCUCAUGUAAAUAACAUUGAUUGUACUAAAUUCUGUGAUUUAAUCUAUUAUAUGUGUAGAGAAAUAUUUCUUAUUUUCUCAUAAUUAUGUCAAAGAAAAUACUAGUAAGACACUGUGGCCAUUGCAGAAAAUUUACAACGUAAUGUUUUGAAUUUUAUUUGUAGUUUCUUAUAUUCCCACAAUAAAUCUCUUUAGUGUUAUUAUACGAAAUUACAUAUAA